CUCCAACUGCGACAAAAAGUCAUCGCAACGGCCACCGUAUUCUUCCGGAGGUUCUACAUGAAGAAUUCGUACUGCGAGACGGACCCGUUUAUCGUCAUUUCGGCAUGCUGCUACGUCGCAGCCAAGGCGGAGGAGUCUCCAAUACACAUCAAGAAUGUAAUGACGGAAUCCCGGACUCUCUUCAAAAUUUACAACGUUAAACAUUUCCCCACUGACAACUCAAAGCUGGCGGAAAUGGAGUUUUAUCUCGUCGACGAUCUUGAAUGCGACCUCAUCGUAUUCCACCCUUAUCGAACCUUGCUCACCCUCUUUCCUUUUUAUUUAUCUAUGUUGCCAGUACUUUCAUUAACCUCGCCUCCAUUUCAAAGGUCCAUCAUAAACGACACCUACAGAUCCGAGUUAUGCCUUGUACACCCUCCCCAUCUCAUUGCCAUCGCCGCCAUCUAUCUCACUUUCAUCCUCCACCCGCCCACCCGUCCCGAGCUUUCUUCCACCUCCGAGCCAGAUGCCGACCUCUCUGCAGAGCAAACGACACCCCAACCACGCCGUUCCUCGCGUCAAGCUCACAACGCCACGUCCGCAGGACAAACACCCCCGAAGAAACCACAAGACCCAAUCACCUUCCUAUCCCAACUGAACGUCUCCCUUCCCUUGAUAGCCACCAUCGCACAGGAGAUCAUCUCACUUUAUACCCUUUGGGAUCGAUAUAAAGAA